ACUUUACAAGACAGGUGAAACUUUCCCUAAAUUCUUAGUGCUGAUGCCAAAGAUGCCCUUCGAGGGUCAUGAGUUAAAGUGUGUCAGUGGGUUACAUUGACAUACGCAAAGGUAGGUUGCGGAAGGAGGAGCCGAAUGAAGUGGGUCACAUGGUAGCGAGUGUGCUUUACUGUAGGCUAGUCAGUACAAGCGAGCUGUGGUCAGCGGAGUUGUCUUGCCACUCUGGGCUAUAGAAAAUUAUUCUUCUUUCACCGUCUUUUCUUGGACAACAGCCGUUUUUAGUAGACAGUGCGAACAGCUUCAAAGAGAAUAGCCUAUAAUUUCGUCUGUGGAAGGGCUGAAUACAUUAGGCUAGUAUUGUAAUUACCUGGCAUUCAUUGGGUUGCUCAGAAAACUGAUAAGCUGAACUCUUCGUUGAUAAAUCGUUACGGGACUUCACUGUUCAUAUUAUCGGAGACGGAACUCUGCAAAUCAAAUAGAUGCGAUUUCACGGGUUUAAGUGACAGUGGGCUAUAGAGCAUUUCCAUUCAAAGUAUCGCAGCGACUUUUUAGGUUGCUGAGAACUCAAGAAAGACGGCACUAACUACAGGUGACCAAGAAGGUAUCGGUCGUUGGAGGACAUGGAUUCCACAAAAGCAGGGGGUGUGAUAGCGUACAUCAGCUCCUCCAGCACAGCCUCCAGCCCGGAGUCAUGUCACAGCGACAGUUCCAAUGGCAGCUACCAGUCCUCCUCCCCGCCUCGAGCCCCCUCGCCAGGACACCGGCAGGCCCAACAAAAACACGCCGCCACGGACACAACCACAUCACGAUCGGCCAAUCACGGCACCGGGAAGACGCGCUCCCCUUCCACUGCAAAAUGCGGCAUUACUAAAAUCAAUGGCCUGGUGCUUUUGUGUAAAGUCUGUGGAGAUGUGGCCUCAGGGUUCCAUUACGGGGUUCACGCCUGCGAAGGCUGCAAGGGCUUUUUCAGGAGGAGCAUCCAACAGAACAUCCAGUACAAGAAGUGCCUUAAAAACGAGAGCUGCCCCAUCAUGCGCAUCAACCGCAACCGCUGUCAGCAGUGCCGCUUUAAGAAAUGCCUGCUGGUGGGCAUGUCCAGAGAUGCUGUGCGUUUCGGCCGUAUCCCUAAGCGGGAGAAGCAACGGAUGCUUCUGGAAAUGCAGAGUGCCAUGAACAACAUGAUGAACAAUAGCCAGCUCCACGACCAGCUCCACGGCACCCAGACGCCUUCUCCGCCGCUUGGCAACCCGUCGCCCCCUUGCCCCGUGGAGGUCCCUGCCGAAGACCCGUCGCCCACUCCCAUGUCCUCCUCUUCCUCCUCGCCAGGCUCCUCCCCCCGCAGCAGCCAAUUGGAGUCCAGCGCCAACGCCGAGCCGUCCAUGCCCAUGGACACCAGCCCGAGCUCGUCCUCCUCAUCCAGCGGGACGGAGAGCGGCGAGGAGGAGGUCAUCGGCACGGUGACGCGCGCCCACCAGGAGACCUUCAUGUACAACCAGGAGCAGGGCAGCCCGUCGUCGGCCGAGCAGCAGCGGCGGUCGCCGAGCGCGACCGAGCGCGCCCACAGCGACAGCAAGACGAUGGAGGAGCGGCAGGACACCUGGAACAACUACAGGAACAACGUUGCCACGGUAACGGGCCACAGCAAUAACAGACUGGCCUCCAGCUCUCAGGCCAAUACCUCAGAGGGACAUCCAUCCAUCCAUGUGAUGGACAACGCUCCCAGGCACUGCCCAGUGCAGAUGCCCAACACUGCCCCUAGUGGCCGUUGUCCUGUCACAGGACACAGUAUGCCUCAUAGAGCUGUGAACAACAGGGAGAACGGCUUCAGUGGACCAGCUUGGAGAGGGGGCAACAGAAUGUAUCUAGUGUGUCCCAUGAACACCACCCCCUACGUGAACCCGCAGAAGUCAGGCCACAGCAUCUGGGAGGAUUUUUCCAUGAGCUUCACCCCAGCGGUCCGAGAGGUGGUUGAGUUUGCCAAACGCAUCCCGGGCUUCCAGGACCUCUCUCAGCACGACCAAGUCAGCCUCCUGAAAGCUGGCACAUUCGAGGUGCUGGUGGUCCGCUUCGUGUCGCUGUUCGACGUGAAGGAGCGCACGGUGACCUUUCUGAGCGGUAAGAAGUACAGCGUGGAGGCCCUGCGCUCCAUGGGUGCCGGAGACCUGCUCAACUCCAUGUUCGACUUCAGCGAGAAGCUGCUGGCGCUCAACCUGAGCGAGGAGGAGAUGAGUCUCUUCACCGCCGUGGUGCUUGUCUCCGCAGAUCGAUCUGGCAUUGAGAACGUGAACUCCGGGAAGCUUCAGGAGACCCUGAUCCGCGCGCUUCGCAGCCUUAUCACCAAGAACCACCCCAACGAGGCCACCAUCUUCACCAAGCUGCUGCUCAAGCUGCCUGACCUGCGUUCCCUCAACAACAUACACUCAGAGCAGCUGCUCGCCUUCAAGGUCCACCCGUGAGGCCCACUGCGCCAUGGAGGAUGCUCGCUCCUCCGUCCUCCAUCCCAAGCGGCCGCGAGAGGAGCAGGGGACCACGCCACUUUCCCCUUCCUUUGGAGAUGAACCCCCUCCUGGCCUCCCUCCUCGUCUGGCCCUGAGAUGAUGGAGGACCCAGGGAGGUGUACUCUGUUGUUGUUAUUUUAGGAGGAACGUGGUUUCGUUUCUUCCUUGAUAGAAGACCUAGACUUGCCAGGGUAAAUGUUAGGGUAAGGUUGAAGUGGGGGGUGGGACUUUAAAAAUGAAAUCUAUUGUACGGUAAGGCACUGAUGCCUCUUGUUGUAGUAUUGUACAGAUUCUUAGACAUAAGCUUGAAGGUUAAUGAUGUAUAUGUUUGUAAACAUUUUUGUGUAUGUGUGGGAGGAUGGGGUAGGGACUGCAAGUUUGCACUUGGCCUCUAUAGAAACACCUUUUUAAAUUGUUAUGAAUUUAUGUUGCUGCAUUGUUCGUGCAAUAUUUGACACACGACUUCAGAAAACUGAAAAGAAGAACACUUCUACAGUUUGUCUCACAGUUGUCUGCUGCUUUGGCAGCAGGCCUGAGCAGAAAUAUAAGAAAACUUAAUGCGUUUAUAAAUUAAUGCUAUGAAUAAAUAGGUUUAACAGAGGGUUAGAUGGAAAACACUAUACCUUCUACUUGUGAAUAACGAAGAAAUGUAACAAUCUGGCCAUAUUGAGGUGCAUGGUUACAGCUCCUCUAAAAUAAAAAGUAAUUGAACAGUGAAGAUUGUGGUUGAAAGCUGCUAAAUCACGGCUUGUUUUUCAGGUAUUUUGAGGUCCUAGAUCUCCGUACCUGUCUAAGAAAAAGCUGAGAAUGUUUAUUAGAUGUAUUCUCUCGUUGUCGUUGACAACAGCCAAAUUAAUCAAUCAGCAACUAAGGCACUCGCAUUUCAAGCCAGAGCUCACGGUGCAACUGCAUGUAUGUCCUAGAAUAUUUGGCUACUUCAUACACUCGUUCUGAAGUUUUGCAUGGACAGACAUACUGGCAAUGACUCAAAAUGUCCUGUGAACACAGAAAGUGGCGUCAAGGACGAGCCUAAAGGCCUGGCACUCUAGGACUGGACACUCGACUGACCUGUGUACUGUCCGUUACUCGCUGGUGGUACCCAAUCCAAAUGAUUGACCACAUUUGUCUUGCAUUUACAACAAAAUUGCUGUCCAGUUAAAACAAAGCAUGAAUUUGGUCACUCACCACCACCUCAUUUGUAUACUUUUUUCACAGAGAAGCAGAGAGAAUGUUUGGUCUCCUGUAUGAUGGAGGGGGAUAUGUAUUUAGGAAUGUGUGAAGCUCUAAUAUUCUGAGAGAGGCGUGUAAACUUGUUCCCCCUUUGUUUUAGUAUUGACUUCUUUAGCUUUCUUUUUUAAUGUACAUUUUUUUCUCCUUUUCUUUUUCUAGUUUAGAGUUUUGUCAAGUGAGAGUCGAUGCAGGUUUUUAGUUAAUGUUAUCAUACUACAUUACAAUUAUGUUUGUCAUCAUGAUCCAAAAGUGCAGUCAGACAGAAGGGGGUUUGUUUGUGGGACUUCCUGUGAGCCCCAGGAAAACUGAUGGAAUGGGGCGGGGCAAUGAGGAAGUCUGAAUAAAACCCAUUUGAGCAAAGCAUCUGAACCAUACCUAGGUGGUGUCGGACUCUUGAUCGAACCAGAAUCAAGUCUUCUCGACUGUUGGCUCCUGUUUUGAAACCAAGCCCUAAUCAGAAGAAAGAGUUGUCUUUAACUUUGUAGUUUGACUUUACUAUGAAAGAACAGCAUGAUUGUAACAUUGACAAUUAUGUGAUUGUAGAUGAGAUCUGGUUUACAGAGGAGGUACGAAGAGUUGAGAUGAAACCUUUUCCAUUGAAUAUGCUCCCAAUCUUUUCGGUAUUCUCUCUCAAAGCUUCUGUUAAUGUGAGCAUUGUGUUGAUAUGCUGUGGUCUAUCUCUGUUUUCUUCUGUGAAACCAUUGCAAAAUACAUAGAUUUCUAUAUGUAUAAAUAUAUAUAAAUAAUAUAAAUAUAUCCAUAUAAAUAAAGAUAUAAAUGUGG